AUGAGGUUAUAUUUGUUCUCGUUUCUUGCUGUGCUCUCUCUAUGUUUGUCACAUGUGUUCGCCAUAGGUUUGACAAUACCGCCUGUUGUCUAUAGCGAACAGAAACACUAUUCCUCAUUGACCAACUUAUUGAAUUGCAUUAGCUACACGACAUCAAAGGAUGACAUCAUCAUGGUGAGUGUGGAAAGCGGGCACAAAGUUCCGUCUCAGCAAUUGAACCUUCGUGUUUUUGAUUCAGAAGACAACACCCUACGCUCAAUGCAAGACAUAUCUGGUGAGCAGUCUGUCAUUUUCACGAAUCUCAACAAUCCCAUUCAGAUUCCGCAGACAGAAGCGAAGAAUCUACUAGGACUGAAAUACCGCAGACAGACUAAAAAUAUAGCAGAUGAAUUGUAUGUGUCGGGCAUGUCCCAGGUGCACAUUUGUUUCGAUAACGUGUACUUCGAUAAGUCAUGGAGCUUUCGGAAAAGUCCAAGAGAUGUUCAUUUAGAUGUCAGCAUCCGAAACAUUACCACUUUGAAGCAAACAAACUAUAACAAUUACGCUAAAUAUUUCAUCCGACCCUCCAAUACUGACACAAAUGAUGACCCUGUUGGAGAUUAUUCGAACUACGAUUUCACAGAAAAUGAUUUUAAUAAUGCAGUUAGAAAUCUACAAACACUGUUGAAUGAGGUAAGUGAAGAAUUGAAAUCAUCAGAGGGAACUCUUCGGAAUUUGCAGACGCUCGAAAGUGAAUUAAGAAAUGUCAAUGAAUCAAUCUUUGAAUCAUUCACCCGCACCACUUUGUUAAUAAUAACCACCAUAUGCGUUUUUGGUGUGGCUCAGCUAACAUACAUUCGUUUCUUACUCAAAAAAAGAGAUUUCUAUAGAUAG